GACUAUGAUAAUAGUUCUAGCACUCCAAACUCUACGAAAAAUCACAUAUAUUCUAUUGCAAGUAAUUGCAGAUCAUCAAAUAUCCAAGAGUCAUGUUGAAAUCCAAAGUUGUUUUGGUUGGAAGAGUAUCCAAUAGCGUUACAGAGCGAAAAGAAGAGAGUGAUCGAAGGUUUGGCCCAUUGUAUUCGUAACCCCAAGAGUUCUUUUUGAGGUUCAAGUAUGCAGAUUUCCUCUUCCUUUCUUUAGGGUUCCUCUCUUUCUCUCUGAAUUUUGAUGUUUAGCAAUGGCGAAGAAGAAGAAAAGGAAUGCAGAGAAAGCAGAGCACAUAAUUGAUAAUAUACCCAACAAAUAUUCUCAACAGCCCAGAAGCUCGAAACCCAAACGCCGCUCUGACUUCUCCUUCUUCUGUUCCUUUCCUCUCUCCAAUUCAGGUUCCUUACAGGGGUCAUCCUUUGGCGAAGGUGGAUCAUCCAAUGUCACCUUAAAUAGUUUGCAUGGCAGACAUGCUGAAGGAAAAAAAAUGCCUGAGCAUUCUCUUAUUCGGUGCAGCAAGUCACAGAAUAGAGGAUUGCGAUUCUCAUCCAAUUUCUAUAAUACUCCACUCAUAGAAGUGGAAACAGUAGCCCAAAAUGAACUUUUUGACUGCUGCAGUGAAAGAAAUGUCAGUGAACAAACAAGUGAUAGUGCAAGGUCAUUGGAAUGUACCCCAAAAAAAUCACAGGUUACAGAAGGCAUUGGCUUUCGCAUAACACCAGGAAGUAUUGUAUGGGCUAAAACAGCUUGCCAAAUGUGGUGGCCUGCUGAGGCCGAAAGGAAACAUGUUAUACAGUUGGGUCGUGCUGGAUCUAAGCAGAUGAUUGUUUUUGGAACUACAAAAAUGAUCAUGGAUGAAAGAUCCAAUCUAGCUGACUCAAGGAACCAGGAUACUGAUGGACAUGUCUUAGUAGAGUUUUAUGGAAGCCAUGACAUUGCUUGGCUUGAUCCUGCCAGAGAUCUUUCUGAGCUUGAGGAUUGCUUCCAAGAAAAGAGCUGUAACCCUAUGGAAGAUUUUCAAGAUGCUUUAAAACAAGCCCUACAAAGGAAAGAAUAUCUGAGUUCAUGCAGAGAGUUGUGUAAAAGCCCCAACGGACCCAAUCACUCAGAUCAACAAGAUGAGUUCUCUGAUAAAUGGACUUCAUCAAUCUCAAGCAGAGCAGAUGAUGAUUUCCUUGAAAGAGGGAGGGGGAAGAGGGAGCGAAAGCCUAAACUUCACUUUGAUGAGGUGACAUUUCCAAUGACAUCGGAUAAGAAGGUCCGGCGACUUAGGAUAAUGCGGUACCUUGGCCUUAGCGCUCCAAUUGGUUCUCCUUUUUGAUCCACUCACCCAGUAAUGUAGAAUUCAUGUUGCUUGAUUUCCCAGCUGUAAUGAAGAUAUCAUCAUUUGAAUAUAAUGGUAGAUACCUCUAAUCUUCUUUAUAAUGUAUAGAAGAGUUUUGUAUAGUUGUAACUUUUUUUAUUGUAAAUUAUUAGUUACCUCAUAAUUAGGGGUAAUUAACUAAUUAUACGUCACUGUCUUUUGGAAACUGCCACUAAACAUCCUUGUGAUUGGAGCUAGAAGAAAUCUUCAUAUUUUCUGUUCUUCUAAUUGAUGGAUUUCCUCAUGUGAAGCGCAUUUAUAGCCUGAAAUACAAAAUUUAGCCCCUAAUUGGUAUUCAA